AUGGUAGUCAUGGAUGAGCAGGGUACCAGGAUGCAGGCAACUGUUUGGAGCAAGUUCAUGAAAAAACAUGAAAUUUUGCUUAAUGAAAACGAGUCUUAUUACAUUUAUAAAUCUCAACUUUCUGUCAUUAAGUCAAAUUUCAAACACUUUGAUAAGGAACAUGCUAUUAGCUUAAACUUUGAUACAUCUGUUAAAAAGUGUGAGAACUUUGAUGGAAGUUUAUAUGGUAUUCGGUUAGCCUCUUUUGAGUCCAUUAAAGGCGGUGAAGUCGAUGUCAAAUAUCGAGUUGAUUUUAUUGGAUAUGUAGAUGAGUGGUCUGAACCAGAGAUGACCAAAACGAAGAUGGGACAAGAUAGCAAAUACAUGAACUUGCAAUUGCUGGAUGAAGAGGGUAUCAAGUUAAGCUGCACUUUAUGGGAUGAGUAUUGCGAUGAGAUGUUUGGUUAUAUUCAGAGUCAUAAAGAAGAAGUUCAUGUUGUUCUGCUUGUGCGGUUUGGUAGUUUCAACAAGUAUAAAGGGAAGACGACGCUAUCUAAUGCUUUCCAUAUAACAAGGCUGUUUAUCAAUGCUGACAUAGAGGAGAUUCGUUCAUUUAGAACAAAGUUUGUUGAGAAGAUAUGUAAAACAUCUUCUAAUGGUCAGAAAUCAAUUGGUUCAUCUGGAAGUAUAAGCGUUGCAGAUGAAUUUUUAGUGAAGCAUCCGUUUUCCAAUUUUCGUGAUAUUACGCUCUUGGAUAAGAUAAUUUCAGCCUUGUGA